AUUAUCAAUAUUAUCAUUAAAUUAUUCCAAUCAUUUAAAUUUGAAUUUUUUCGCGGAUAAUUCACGUAACGUCUACGGAGUACGGGUCCUCAGUCGUGCGUUACGGUCGUCGUUUCCUGGUGAGUACGAAUUCGAUAUUUUGUUGUCGGCGUCCCGAACAGCGGUCGGUCCCGUUCGUACGCCGAUGCGGUCUUUGUCUCGAUCUUUGUUUGGUCGUGGCCUUUGCAUUCACUUGACCGGAUGGUGAACGGCUGUGGGAUGAACGGGACGGCGGUUACGGACUCGGACGUGACGGUUGGACCGUCUACAUCGUCCCCCAGGUCCAAUAAGCGGCGUGUACGCGGUACUACCAGCCGCACAGUCACAUUGCAAAUGCUGUUGGAAACGAAUAUACUCGAACCUGGCGACUCUGUCUUGUCACUCGAGUACAUGGGUCAAAGAUUUAUGGGAGAUUUAUUACCAGAUGGUAAAAUUCGAUCAGUUGAAACAUUAAAUGAAUUUGCAUCUCCUAGCGCAUGGGCCUAUAAUUGUAAAAGUAUAAUUAACAAAAUCAAAAAAGCUGGUUGUGGUUGGUCAUCAAUUCGGUACAAAGGUAAAAAAUUGGAUGCAUAUAAACAUGCAUAUUUUAGAAAAAGAGAAUCUUCAAGUAUAGAGCACAAUAUAGUUCCAGUUGAAGAUAUAGAAUCUGAUGUUACAUAUGCAAUUCAAAAUGAAAUUUUACCAUCGAAUUCACCAAUUGAGUCACCUGUUGCAAAAGAACCUAUCAAAUUUAGCGAAAUUCGUUCAAGAUCAAGUAAUCAAAAUCUAAAUACAUUAGUGGAAUGUACAGAUUGGUCUUGCAUUAAUAAAGUCCAACCAUUUCAUGUUAAUAUAUCAGCAAACGCAAAAUUAUUACUAGAUUUUCAUUGUCAUUUGAUGAGUUCAGAAGUUGUUGGAUAUCUCGCUGGAAAUUGGGAUUUUUCAACUCAAACAUUGACUGUGAAAAACGCAUACCCAUUCAGAAGUCGUUUACAUGAUGCUGAACUCACUUCAUUGAUUGAAGAAGAAAUAAGAAACACGUUUACAGCCAAAAACUUGGUUCUUGUUGGAUGGUAUCAUUCACAUCCUGAAACAAUUGCUACACCUACAUUAAGAGAUAUCGAAGCCCAACUUGAUUAUGAAGUACAAAUAAAAGGACCGACUGUUGAAUCAUAUAUACCGUGUGUUGGAAUCAUUUGUUCACCUUAUAACAAAGGUAAAUCAACCCUUGAUUCAACUAUCACAUGUUAUUGGGUACUACCAUCGUUUGAAAAUGAAAUACAUGAUUAUGGACGUCCAAUGAACAUGCAUUUUACUACUAAACCAGAAAAAUCAUUAACAUUAGAUAUUGUUAUGGCAUUAAAAAAAUGUGUUGACUUUAAUAAAUAUGAUCCGGAUGUAAUUAAUUUUAAAGAUAAAUACAAAAACGAUGUGACUUAUUUAGAAAAGCUAAAGAUUUCGUUGAUGGACAAAUUUCCUAAAGAUGAUACAAUACACAAAUUUUUAUGGAAUUUCUUAAGUGAAAUAGUUUGUAUUGGUAGUUCAGGCGAUACUGCCAAAAAUAAUUUGCAAAAUUUGAUUGCUGUAAUCUCAUCGCGUCAACUCUUACUAUCAACGUCAAGUUUUCGGACUCCAAAUCCUUUGAUUGAACAUUUAGAGUCUUAUUUGCAAUCAUGUAAUGCCAAUAGUUUGAAGUUAGAAGAUGUUCCUACAACUAGUGAUUGUUCAAACAUAACUUCAGCGAGUAUUGCCAGUUCUCUAUUUAAUGAUUUAGACUUUUCUAAAGCAAUGUCUUUGAUAGGGUUAUCUCCAUCACGGUAUCAAACAGAUCCUUUAAAAUAG